AUGCAGAGAAUACAUCCUGAAGAGGAGGAGGACACUCUUCAAAAGUGGGUGGACAACAUGUCACAACAGCUGAUCUACGAGAGCUUCACCCGUUACCUGGUGGAACACAAAGGCUAUGACAAGGAGCUGCUGGACCUCACGCCUGCCACCUGGGACUUCUGCUUCAAAGGCCUGGUGGUGGAUCUGGAAGAGGGAAUCCUGGUGAAAUUGGCCGAAGAUGGAACUGUUCUAAGAGCGACUCGCGGGACCAAAGACCUGACCCCUGAGGACCUGCUGAGACUCUACGGUCCCGCACCGGAGUGGAAGCACUUCCAGAGCCUCAACUCCUCCUUCACCAGAUCCGCUAAAUAUUAUUUCUACGACAACUACUUCGACCUGCCCGGAGCGCUUCUUUGUGGGAGAGUUUUCGACAUGUUUCAAAAGCAAGGGAGAGAGGUGACCGCAGACUUUUGGAAGGACAUGGUGGCGGCCAUCGACCACAACUACAACACGUCUGCGUUUAAAGGUAAGGAUCCUUCUGCUGUUAUCAUUGUUUGGAUACUUUCAUGGUUUUUGAGCACGGAAUAG